AUGGUCCGCAUCACUCUCUUCGCCACUCUCGCUUUCGCGAUGACCGCACUCGCAAUCACCCCCAACAACGCCGGGGCUAAGAACGUGGGCCAGGGUAAUGGAGCUCAGUUCAUCACCGGAGGCUGUGUCGAUGACGCCGACUGUUCUUCCGCAUGCUGCGCGGAUGCUAGCGGCGUCGGCGUGUGCUCGGCCGAGGCGGCUCAGUUCCAGAACGGCAAGAACGGCUGCAACUUCGUCGAUCCCAACAAGGCGGCAACCAUUGCUGCUGCCAAGGCUCAGGUUGCAAAGCAGGGCUUCUAAGCUGGAAUGCAGGGGCCCUAGCAUCUAAGAAGGAGGAUGGAUUUGCAGGAACGCUCGGCCAUACCUUGGUCCUUACAUGGUGACUUGGACUAUAGCGUUAGCUGGAAGAAUG